AGAUUUAUGCGAGUUUCGGGUCUCAACUACGUCAGAGCUCGAUCUUUAUUGUCGUCUCUAUUCAACAAAUCAGCAUCAACCCCUGAGAGCAAUGCUACAAAACUCAGUAAGCAGCAGCAGGAGAAGUUGAGAGAUGUUCUUUCGGGCUUGAGGACAGAUUCACCGAGAUCUAAGCCUCGAGGAGAAGUCUCAAGCGAUGUGGCUGAUGACAUAUUGGACUAUCAAAUCGACAUCGACUCGAUUCGCGCUCGAGGCUUCUUAAAAUAUCGCUAUAAUUAUAAACCAGCUGCUAAUGUGCGAGAUACUGUUCUGGAGACGGCAAAAAAGCUGUUACCUGUGAAAGAAGAGGGAAGUUCUGACAUAACAAAAACAUGUUUAUCCGACAACACUCUCAAAGCCAAGAUUAUAAUGACACUUUCUGGAAAGAUAAAUCAUUGGCCAACGAAUGCUCGACUCAUGCAUAUCAAAACAGUUCAAGAUCUAAUAGAUUUUUAUGAAGAACCAGUAGAAAAUAUAACCGCUUAUACCAAGCUUGUAAGACAGGAAACAAAGCCGCCAAAUAUCCAUAUGUUAGAGCACGCUAGACGAUUCCACCCGGAGGAUAAUGAAGCUUGGCAUGGAGGCAUUACUGCUUUCCCUGGGAGUGGCGGACAAGUUAUAAGUUUGCGUAAUAAGCGUCUUCUUCGCCAAUUCAAGCCGAAAUCGAAUUGGUUCGAUUAUGAAGAUCAAAGUUUCGACUACACCCGACCCGACAAGGAUAUGCCAUGGGAUAGCGAGAUUGCAAAGCGUAUGGAUAGCCAUCCAGAAAAACGAUAUGAUUUGAAAACCAAGCAGUUCAUAAGAUCCAAAUGACAAAUCAACGCAGAGACUGCGAAUGCCGUUUAUUUGACUUGUUAUAAAUUUCUGAAUUGUUAGUAGUACAUAAAGUAUGGCAAUUUAUGUGC